AGUCGUCGGCGCGUGAUAAUGUGAAGCGAGUUGGACGGGAGUGAAGUUUUCUUUGUUCAUGCGAAAAUUUUUAUAUUGCCGCGACGGACGUGUAUUUUGUGAGCGCGCAAGCCGAAUUGUUAAAAUUUCUUGAUAAGGAAGUGCGAAAAUCGUAUUUAACAAACCAAUAUAUUUGUGUGCUUGUGAAAUUAAGGGGGACCAACCUCCUGUUAAGGGGCUCCCAGCGAGCUGCGCAAUAGAGUUGGGAAAAAUAUUUGCUUAAACGACACACCUACAUGCGUUCCUACGGAUACAAAUAAAAAGACAAAAUAAUAAAUUAAAGCCGAUCCGAUAUUAACUAUUAUUUCAAUACGAGUAAUCUCUUCUAUUCGUUUUAAACGCUAAUUUUAAAUCACAUAAAUUCGUGUAUACAUAACUGUUGUCAGAUCUGAAAAACAGCGCGUAAAAGGAAUACGCAAAAUUAAGUUGAAUAUUUGCAAAGGAACAUGUCGAAAAGAAAAAGUGCUACAAAAUAAUUAUGCAUUGUGCAUGUGCAUGAGUACAUGUAUAAAUGUAAGUGCCAAAGAAGCAAAAGCUAAGCCGUGAAUGUAGACGCCACUCCUUUUGCGAAAAAAAAACAAAUGAAAUGUAAAAAGGUGGCGUCGAAUGUGCGUGGAUAGAGAUUGAGCGAGAGCUGCUGCGCCGGAGUUGAACUUUGCAUAUGCAUACAUACAAACGAAUUUGGGGUGUGUGUGUGUGUGUGUGUCGGCGAAUUUCUACAGUGCAACCAACUAUAAUUAUUGUUGUUGCUCCAUAGCACACAAAACUGUGAUAGAAAUUUGCAUUUACAUCUUGCACAAAAGCAAAAUACGCAAAAUGCUUGGGCCAGCGGUGGGUUGAUUGGCUAACAGCAAAAAUACGAAAAAAAAAAAAACAACUACAACGAAUUCGACGCUCUCUCCACGCUUGAGUUCAGUUGAGACGACUAGGUGGGACAGCAGCAGCAGCAGUAACAGCGGUUGCCACCAUCACGUGGGUCACCAACUGGGAACAGCGCAACCAACACAGCAAUGUUAAAGGUGUCAAGUGUUAUUUGCUGUUAGUUGUUGUUGGGUAUAUUCAAAACUAGAGUCGACUCCAAAGCUACCACUUCAACAAACACCAGGACAAAGGAACUUGUAACAAGAAAAGACCCGAUAUGGAGAAGCCCAUGCAGCAUGCGCCCGCUCCCGCUCCCGUUGGGAAAGUCUCUCAAAUUGCCAACAUCUUCCAGCGGAAACCCAUUGAAAUUCAGCCGGUCGAGCAGCUUAGCGCCGUGGCCGCAGCUCACGCAGCAGCCGCCGCCGCCGCAGCUGCAGCUCAUCCUCCAGUGCGCACCGAAUCCCAUUCGGCUAGAUUUAACAACGCACGAGCACUCUUUGAAAAACUGGGAGUCGAGUCCAAUGUAUCGAAUGUGAGCGCACGUCUAAUGCGCAGCGGUUCACGUGAGGAUAACCUGUACGAAGGCUCCGAUCGCUCCUCAUCGCGCUCCUCGGAUCGCUCGCAGUCUCCGCCGAAGCGGCGUAUGCCCUUCCCGUCCGGCGCAUCCCUCACUCAGAGUAACAACGGCGAUCGUCUCAACAAUACCAAAUUUAUCGUGGAUCCAACGGCAGCUGCCAAAUAUCCACAGCACAAUUUAUCACGGCUGAAGCUGGAAGAGUUGAACCAAGUUGCAGCAUCGCCGCCUCCAUCGAGCGGUUCGGUCAGUGCGCUUUUUGCCGGUGGCGGCGACAAGCCGGAGAAACCCGAGCGCAAAUUCAAUUCUCGCGAGCUUAUUGAGAAGCAAAAGAAGUGGACUUCGCACUUCACCAAGACAAAGACAACACGUACUCAUAGCGAUCUCAAUCGUUGUGAUAUCAUACGCACCGUGCCCGGCACAGGCCUCAUUAUGGAUGGCGAGAAGACGCCAAAAACGAUGCCGCCUGUACCCGUGACGGCGAGCCCGGCGGCCAUUCCUCCUCCCCCUACGGCUAUUCCACCAGAGAUAAAGCCGCGAAGUGGCAAAAUUGGCAGUCCUGUGAAAUCGCCUCCCUUGCCGCCCAUUCCAGCCAUUAAGCCAAAGAAUCUUAGUCCCGUGAAAUUCAAUACGGACCACGUGCGUUCGCCAACCAAAUGCGCUGAGGCGACGGCGCCACCACCACCACCAGCCAAAUCCGCAGCCGUCACGGCGGCCAUGCAACGCUCAGCGCUGUUGCAACAGGAGCAGCAGCAGCAGCAGCAAAUAACUGCCCCUGUGCCGCCUGAGAAGCCACGCAAAAAGUCCAUCGAUAUUGUCGACGAUGCAGCGCCUACCACUUGCUCCUCGCCCGCGUCCUGCGCCUCGCCCACCAUGAUGCAGGCAACCAAGCGAGGUUCUAUCGAUGCGGCUGUCCCUGAAGCAUCAUUUACAGGCAAUAGCAAUGGCCUUAGUGGAAGCACCAAUUCAGCAACAUCUGGCUCGCCGGUGGCCAGCGCAUCAUCGGGACCAUCCUCACCCGUGCAUACUGAGGAUGAAAAACAAGAGAAUGAGUCCACAGAGAAGUCUGAUACUGAGGCUUAUCCCAACAGCUACAAUAGUGUGCCACGACGACGACGACGGAGUGAAAACGAGGGUCAAAAAUCUGUGGACGAAACAUCAAUCCAGCAGCAGGAACAUCAAUAUUCAAGCUCCAACUCCAUCAACAACUCCCCGCAGCGUGUGCCCCACAAGCGGAGCAGCAUCACGGUAAAUAUGCCUGCGGCCGGACUGGGUCAGCGACCGCCUAGCAUCAUUUCGACGGCCAGCCAGGACGAGGGUCCUGUGCUGAGUGCGAGUGAGACAGCGUCCGAGCGGAAGAUCAAGCUACAGUCACCAGCAUGUGAUGCCACUCCGCCGGAGCAGCUCAACAACAGUCUCAACUAUGUGGAUGUCGGCUAUCGCCUCAAUCCCGAUGGCAGCGAGUCACGCGAUGUCUACAGCAGCGAAGCGGAUCUCUAUGUUACGGCCAAGGUGAGCGACAUGCAGCGUAAGUUUCACGGCGCCAACGGCUUCUCCCACGAGUCGAGCACAGUGUAUGCGAUAAUUGUGCCAGAGCAGCAAGAGCCACAGAUUGGGACAUCCUCACGUGUUCUGCUGCAGUCUCCCACAUCAAGUCUCGAUGGAUCGCCGCUAUAUCGUGGCGCCUUCAAUUCGCCGCCCGUGGGCGUGGUUUCGCCUAUAAGGCGCCGCAACAAUGGACAGCAAAGUGAACAGAAUGGCGGAGGGAGCGAAACAUGCAGCACUAAAUCCACUCCCCCAAUGUCGCCAGCUCGUGCCGGGCUAAUCAAGGGUAUUGCGCCCAUUGCGUCCAUAGAUCCUCAUGAGGCGGAACUCAACCUGGAGGAGGAGGAGGAGGAAGAAGAGGACGAGCAAUUGGCUGUGGAAUAUGUCGAGGUGAUGAAAGAGGUGGCGCCUGUUUUGCCUGAACGGCGUGCGCCUGCACUUGAGCUUCAAGAUCUGGAGUAUGCGGACACUAGCGCUGGCGAGGAUGAGGAGGACAUAUUACAACAUUUAAACACGGAUGUUAUCGAUGAGAUGAGCAAGGUGCAUGUAACUUCUGCUUCUGCUCCUGCUGCUGCUUCCGCCGCGGCCAUGCCACGCGAUGACAGCUUACCGGAUGCCAUGACAGCCGCCGAGGCCGAGCGAUUGUUGAGUUCAAGCAUUUUGGAAAACAAAAUCAGACAACAGUCGCUGCUAUCUGACGAGCAGGCAAAAGAAGUUGAGCAAAUACUCAACGUGUCGCCCAACGUGGGCGUGGCUGUUGCUGCCGUUGUUGCCACAGCAACAUCGCCGACUACCAUCAAGAAUCUCAUCGAGGAGUCUACAGCGGCCAAGGAAUCGACAGUCCCGGCCCAAGUCUCCCAAGUUCAGCAGGACACUCAAAUUUCAACUGCUCCUGUGGCUGUUGUGGAGGAGGAAGGGUCAGAUGAAGAGGAGGACCAGCAGGUCGCCGAAGACUUUGAUUCGGAUGACGUUGAAGCUGUUAAUAUUGUCGGUAUUGGACAUGCAGAACCCACAACUGGUGCUGCGUUGAAUGCGACAUUCGUAAAGGCGGAUAGUACAGAGACAGAGACUACCACAACAACAACGCCAUCGACAGCAACAGCAUCGACUACACGGCACGACGACGACGAGCCGGAGUGGCUGCGUGAUGUGCUCGAGGCGCCAACGCGUAGUCUAGAGAAUCUGCUAAUAAACACAACGACACGACGCCAAACGGAACUUGAGAAUGGCUACGAAGUCCCGGAAGCAGGGACCGAGGGAAAACAUUCCGACUUAAAUCAGACCUAUGUGACCGGCGAGUCACUGCACGAAUCAAUUGUGUCCGUGGAGUCCACACAGUCGGAUGCGACGUUCAAUCAGACGACCACCAUCGACGACAGCAUCAUCUCCAGCAAGCACAACUCCACAUAUUCGUUGGGGGGGGAUAUUGAGCAAGCAACUUGUUCGACUGUUUUGAGCACUGGCAUAACUGAGUUGGACGAUAGCCAGUAUUAUAUACCAGAAUAUCCGCCAGUAAGGAGCAAGGAGGUACUUGUGGAGGCGGGCGUGCAUUAUUUUGAGGAUGGCAAUUUUUGGAUGGAAGUGCCAGGUCUGCUAGACUUUGACGACGACGACUGCUCCUAUCCUCCAAUCACAGUACGAAAGAAUCCAAAGGUCCGCUUCAGCUCCGGCCCCAUACACGUAUAUUCGACAUUCUCUGUGACAGACUACGAUCGCCGCAAUGAAGAUGUCGAUCCGGUGGCCGCUUCGGCCGAAUAUGAACUGGAGAAGCGUGUCGAAAAGAUGCACGUCUUUCCUGUUGAAUUAAUGAAAGGUCCCGAGGGUUUAGGUCUCAGCAUUAUUGGUAUGGGCGUUGGCGCCGACGCUGGCUUAGAAAAACUAGGCAUAUUCGUCAAAACAAUCACUGACAACGGCGCCGCAGCACGCGACGGCCGUAUACAAGUCAACGAUCAGAUAAUCGAAGUAGACGGUAAAAGUCUGGUGGGCGUUACCCAAGCCUAUGCAGCUUCGGUGCUGCGCAAUACAUCCGGUCUAGUCAAAUUUCAAAUCGGACGCGAACGUGAUCCCGAAAACUCCGAAGUUGCCCAGCUCAUACGGCUGAGUCUGCAAGCUGAUCGCGAAAAAGAAGAGCGCAUUAAACGUCAACAAGAAGAGUAUCUGCGCCGCACGCUCGACUACUCCGAGGAUUCGACGCAGCCAGUUUCAGCCAAUUCAAGCGUCUGCGAGGGACCAUCUAGUCCCGUACAGGUCGAGCAUCCAAUGGAGGUCGAGGCGACACACUCACAGGAGGUUGAGUCGCUCAAGCGUCUUCUACAGGAGAGCGAAAUGGGUUGCAUGGUUAAGGAAGAAAUUAUUCAAAAUCUUAAACGGAAGUUGGUCAAGCUCGAGACAACAGGCAAUGAGAACGAACUGCUGAGUGAACGACUGCGCCAGAGUGAGCGUGAGCUGGGCAAUAUUAAGAAGGAGGCGGCCAAUCUUCAAAAUAUGCUGCAGCAGUCGCAGGCGCAGUAUAUGGCACUGGACAAAAAGUACAACAAAGCAAAGAGGCUGGUUCGCGAGUAUCAGCAGCGCGAGCUGGAUAUGUGCCAUCGCGAGGAGUUCUAUCAGCAGCUGCUGCAGGAGAAGGACACUGAGUACAAUGCGUUAGUCAAAAAGCUCAAGGAUCGUGUUAUCAAUCUGGAGCAUGAACUUCAAGAAACGCAGCGAAAGGCUGGUUUUCCAGUGGGCUUGCCCUACGAUAGCGCCACUCUUAAGUUAACUCCCCAAAUGAUGCGUAAGACGCCACCCAAGCCUCUCUUCCAUAAGCUGGAAACGGAACUAUCCGACACGGAAAUCUCCGAUCUGUCACCCGACGGAGACGGCGUCAAAACGGCAACCGUGGAGCGCAAAGUUCCCGUUAAGGACGAACUUGACGCGGCCGUGCCGCAGCACGAGCUGCUGGACAACUCUGUCAACAAAACCAAGAUCGAGCUGGCCUCCCGUGGUGGUCUAGCUAAUCGCCAGCUACCCUCGACGAACGUAUCUAAUGGUAGUAACAGCAGCGCCAAUGGAGCCAGCGAAUUGCUGCUAAAUGGCAAUCUAUGCAAGCGCAGCAGAAGCAACAGCCGUAGCUCGGAUUGCACUCUGGAUGACAGUGAGGAGGAGGAAGAGGUGGAACUGGAGCAGACUGCACUCAAUUUGGCAACGAGUGUGUCUUCCGGCCAUGAUGGCAUCAACCUAUCCAAUGGCAACUCGCACCUACUAGCCAACGUGAAUAACUUACUGCAGAAUCAUCCGCCUGCGUCAAAUACGCCUAUUGGCAGCAGCAUUGUGCCAGCCUCCGCCUCGAAUGGACAUGUAGGGACCACAACGGCCAUACUGCUUAAUUCGACGUCAUCGGCUUCGUCCAGCUCAUCGAAUCAAUCAACGGCACGCGAGGCUCAAAUCAAUCAGCUCUAUGCUCAGGUGCACAAGGAUCCCAGCAAGCAACAGCAGCAACAGCAUCAGGCCAGCACCAGUUUGUUUAAGAAUGCGCUGGGCUCGCCGGCGGAGACUGGAGGUGGAUUGAACGACUUUCAUCGCGGAAGCAUGACAACCUUUGGCACUGUGGCAAGUGGCGGUGGCAGUGCUAGUAAUCGCGAUCUCAACAGCUCAUACGACUCUAUAGUGGGCUCUAAUGAUAAGCUAGCAGAGAACGAUCAGGGCGAGAACUGGAUGUAUCCGAGCCGGCGCCGUGUGGCCCCCAACAAUGGCAGCAAGUUACCGGGCUCCACUUUCACUGAGCAGCUCAAUCAAGCACUGUCCGAUCGUGAGAGACGUUUAGGGGACGGCUCCUCGCGCCACUCCAGCGAUGAUUACACAGAGAUCAACAAGAGCCAAAGUGCCGCAGCGAUUAACUGCAAGACGCUAAUCAACGAGAUUCGCCAGGCGGUCAAUGAAGCACAGCCAAAAGUAAAACAAGUUGUUCCGCAAUCGCUCUCCCCGCCCGGCACAGUGCCCUGGCAACAGCAGCAUCAUCAGCAGCAUCAACAGCAGCAGCUAACCCAAUCAGCGCAUGUCACCGGACCGCCAUCACCGACUAGCAUGUCCUCGGGCUGCUCCUCGCCCGGUUACUCGCCCAGCCGGACCCUGGAUCUGUCCGGCUCCAGUUCUAGUUUCUCGGAUCGUAAAGCGGCUGUCGCCUGCUACAAUUAUAAAGGAGGCCCCGUACACGAAUGGACCAAGGAGCAGGUGGGACACUGGUUGAUGGGCAUUGAGCUAGAGCGCUAUAUACCUGUCUUCAAGGAGCACAACGUGGAAGGCGGCGCUUUGCUCACUCUUGACUCGAAGGACUUUAAAACAUUGGGCAUUUGCGGUGAUGACAAAAAUCGUUUAAAAAAACGAUUAAAGGACCUGAAGGCCAGCAUCGAAAAGGAGCGCAAAGACAUGGAGCGCGAACGUCGCGAACGCGAAAAGGCCAUACGCAAGGCUGAAAAGAAGGCAGCCAAAAAAAAGUAGUUGAAUUCUAGAUUUUAAGCAACAAAGUAGCCAAAAACCAAAACCAUAUAUGCAUACUAAGCACUCAUAAGAUCUAUGCAUACCACAUCAAAUGCGUUUAAUUAUAUAUAUUUAUAGAAAUAUAUCAUAUAUAUAUGAGUAUAUAAUAGUUAUAUAUCUUAUAAAAUAACUAAUAAGAAUACACAUAAUUUAUUUGUACAACAGACAUCUAUAAUACGUACUACAUUUUAACUUAUUGAAACUAAUGCAGCAUAGAUGUAUUUAUGAACUAUUCUAAUAAUUAAUAGCAAGCAACAGAUGUGGUCAGGGACGGUACAUGCCUAUAUAGAAAGUAACUUGACUUGACCAAUCUAUAAAUUUAAACCCUACAAGCUGAAUAACACACAAUUUAAAUUAUCCAAAUCAAAACAUAAGCACACACACCAACACCCAACAUAGAGAAGAAAAACAAAGCUAACAAGAGGAAGCGUUGGACUGACUGAUUUUUAUGAAUUAUUAAUAGAGAAAGGGAAAAAUUCUUUAUGCAAUUAAAAGUAAAGGAAAACGAUAAGGAGUUUGAACAAUUGAAUUGAGAAUGAAACACGAAAAGUCUUACGAGUAGCACACUUAAGGAAUUAGCUGAACAGACUUGAAGCGGCUUUCAACAGCUGCUUCAACUAAAUAUAAAAA